AACGGUCUAAAUGCUCUUCAUCUGGCAUCUAAAGACGGCCAUAUCGAAAUCGUGAGGGAACUUUUGAAAAGGGGUGCUAUCGUCGAUUCGGCAACAAAAAAAGGCAAUACUUCGCUGCAUAUCGCUUCUCUGGCUGGGCAAGAGGAAGUUGUGCGAAUACUUAUCCAACAUGGUGCUACUUUAAACGUCCAAUCCCAAAAUGGAUUCACUCCACUUUACAUGGCAGCUCAGGAAAAUCACGACGGCUGUGUCCGCUACUUGUUAUCAAAAGGAGCAAAUCAGGCGCUCGCUACCGAGGAUGGCUUUACACCACUCGCUGUGGCAAUGCAACAGGGUCACGAUAAGGUAGUGGCAGUUUUAUUAGAAAACGACACCCGCGGAAAAGUCCGACUACCCGCCUUACACAUAGCUGCCAAAAAAGACGACGUGAAAGCUGCCACUCUCCUCCUCCAAAACGAACACAACCCUGACGUAACUUCGAAAAGCGGAUUCACCCCUUUGCACAUAGCAGCUCACUACGGAAACGACAAAGUUGCUUCGCUGCUAUAUGACAAAGGUGCUGACGUUAACUAUACUGCGAAACAUAAUAUAACUCCGCUUCAUGUUGCUAGUAAAUGGGGUAAGAUAAAUAUGGUUACUUUACUGGUGGCCAAGGGUGCUGAUAUUCAAGCAAAAACUAGGGAUGGCUUGACGCCACUACACUGUGCAGCAAGAAGCGGACAUGACCAAGUGGUUGAUAUGUUAUUGGAAAAUGGGGCCCCCAUGCAUGCUAAAACAAAAAAUGGUUUGGCUCCCUUACACAUGGCAGCUCAAGGUGAACAUGUCGAUGCUGCAAGAAUUCUUCUUUACCAUGGCGCUCCAGUUGAUGAAGUAACUGUUGACUAUUUGACAGCACUUCACGUAGCUGCCCACUGUGGUCACGUGAGAGUUGCUAAGUUAUUGUUAGAUCGAGGAGCUGAUCCCAAUGCCAGGGCACUGAACGGAUUCACGCCUUUGCACAUAGCUUGUAAGAAGAAUAGGUUGAAAAUGGUCGAGUUACUUUUGAAGCAUGGAGCCAGUAUUAGUGCAACUACGGAAAGUGGAUUAACACCCCUACAUGUUGCAAGCUUCAUGGGAUGUAUGAACAUUGUCAUCUACCUUCUUCAACAUGAUGCUAGUCCAGAUAUACCAACGAUUAGAGGGGAAACACCUUUACACUUGGCAGCACGAGCAAAUCAGACAGACAUAAUACGGAUACUUCUCCGAAAUGGUGCUACGGUCGAUGCAAAAGCAAGAGAAGAACAGACUCCCUUACAUGUCGCUUCAAGGCUUGGAAAUGUUGACAUUGUUAUGCUGUUAUUGCAACAUGGUGCCCAGCCUCAGGCUACUACCAAAGAUCUGUAUACUCCUCUUCAUAUAGCAGCCAAGGAGGGACAAGAAGAAGUAGCUUCUGUUCUUCUGGACAAUGGUGCUGAUUUGACAGCCACCACCAAAAAAGGUUUCACUCCUCUCCAUCUCGCAGCUAAGUAUGGACACCUCAAUGUGGCAAGGCUUCUGUUGCAAAGAGAUGCUCCCGCUGAUGCCCAAGGCAAAAAUGGCGUUACUCCUCUACAUGUUGCUGCUCACUAUGACCACCAACCUGUUGCACUCCUGUUACUAGAUAAAGGUGCUUCUCCCCAUGCCACUGCCAAGAACGGGCACACACCUUUGCACAUAGCUGCUAGGAAGAAUCAGAUGGACAUAGCGACAACCCUUCUGGAAUAUGGCGCUCAGGCAGAUGCUGAAUCGAAGGCAGGAUUCACUCCUUUACACUUGAGUUCACAAGAAGGUCACUCUGAUAUGUCUUCCUUAUUAUUGGAACACCAAGCCAACCCCAAUCAUGCUGCCAAGAACGGUCUUACACCCCUCCAUCUAUGUGCUCAAGAAGACAGAGUACCUGUAGCUCAAUUACUCUUAAGGGCAGGUGCCCAAAAAGAUGCACAAACUAAACAGGGCUAUACCCCGCUGCACGUUGCGUGCCAUCACGGCCACGUCAACAUGGUGCGACUUCUCAUCGAACAGGGUGCUGAAGUGAAUACCGUAACUACUGCUGGAUAUACACCUUUACAUCAAGCAGCUCAACAAGGGCAUGUUCUUGUUAUAAGUUUGUUACUGAAAAAUAAGGCUGACCCUAAUGCUGUUACAAAUAAUGGACAAACAGCUUUGGGCAUUGCCAACAAACUUGGUUAUAUAAGUGUUGUGGAAGAACUUAAAGUUGUUACAGAAACUAACAUAACAACAACCACAACAGUCAACAUUGAAGAAAAAUAUAAAGUUGUUGCCCCUGAAGCCAUGCAAGAAACUUUCAUGUCUGAUUCCGAAGAUGAAGGAGGCGGAGUGGACGAGCCUCCUGUUACUUAUGGUCGACCAACGCAUGCACAGCACGUCUAUCUACCCUUCUACCAGGGACACAUGACCUAUACACGAGAAGAUCCGAUGUUGGGAGAUCAGCAACAGUACAAAUAUAUGACCGUAGACGAUAUGAAGUCUCUUGGUGACGAUUCAAUGCGACUAGAUGUGACGAAUGAUGAGAAAAGUGAAUACAAUAGAAAUUCCAUUGCUCCAUCCAACAUCAGCAAUGAGCUCAUUAUAACUCCUCACCAUGUGAAAGAAUAUUAUUCUACAAAUGCUUAUUCAUCUCCAGAUAAUGUAGAUAUCAACCGUCAACCAAUCACGGCUGGCUUAUGCAGAGGAGCUUGGACAAGACUAGAAUACUCAUUGAUUCAAUUGGGCCCGAAAACCCAUGGAACUGGUCUGUGCAGAGAAAGGUACUUGUUAAAUGGUACCAUUUGAGUACCAAAGACAUAU